AUGGUUGAUAGCAAUCCUUCCUCUGGAUCACCUGAAGAAACACAAAAUCCCAACCCAGAUGGGAAUGCACCAGCUGAAAGUGAUCUUGCAUUGGAUAAUCUAGCACAAAAAGUUCAAGAAUCUCUCUCUCUGGAAAAAAGACAUAAAUUUUGGGAAACCCAACCUGUUGGGCAGUUCAAGGAUAUAGGAGACUCCAGUUUGUCAGAAGGCCCUAUUGAAGUUCCAAUACCUUUAUCUGAGGUCAAACAAGAACCAUACAACCUUCCUGACCACUAUGAAUGGGUUACUUGUGACAUCAACUCCGAGAAGAUGUGUGAUGAAGUAUACAACCUUCUUGCUCAUAAUUAUGUGGAGGAUGAUGAGAACAUGUUUCGAUUUAAGUACUCAAGGGAAUUUCUGCGCUGGGCUCUGCAACCUCCUGGAUAUUUCAGGAGUUGGCAUAUUGGUGUCCGUGUUAAAAGUACCAAAAAGAUGGUUGCCUUUAUAACAGGUGUUCCUGCUAGAAUCCGAGUUCGUGAUGAGGUUGUUCAUAUGGCAGAGAUCAAUUUUCUGUGUGUCCACAAGAAACUUAGAACAAAGAGGCUUGCUCCUGUCAUGAUCAAAGAGGUGACCAGGAGGGUGCACCUGGAAAAUAUGUGGCAGGCAGCUUACACUGCCGGAGUAAUUCUUCCUACACCAAUAGCAACUUGUCAAUACUGGCACAGAUCUUUGAAUCCCAAGAAGCUGAUUGAUGUUGGUUUCUCUCGGCUUGGUGCACGAAUGACAAUGAGUAGAACCAUCAAGCUUUACAAGCUACCAGAAUCAACAAUCACCCCAGGGUUUAGAAAGAUGGAAAUACAUGAUGUUCCUGCAGUCACAAGGCUAAUUAGGACUUAUUUAAGCCAAUUUGUUGUUGCACCUGAUUUUGAUGAAAAUGAUGUGGAGCAUUGGCUUCUGCCAAAGGAGGAUGUUAUUGAUAGUUAUCUGGUUGAAAGUCCUGAAACUCAUGAGGUCACUGACUUUUGUAGUUUUUACACACUUCCUUCUACUAUCCUUGGCCACCCAAAUUAUUCACUUUUGAAAGCAGCAUAUUCAUUCUAUAAUGUUUCCAUUGUCACUCCUUUGCUUCAGCUGAUGAAUGAUGCUCUUAUUGUCGCAAAACAGAAGGAUUAUGAUGUUUUCAAUGCAUUGGAUGUCAUGCAGAAUGAGACCUUCUUGAGGGAACUGAAGUUUGGACAAGGUGAUGGGAAGCUUCAUUAUUAUCUUUAUAACUACCGAAUAAGGAAUGCAUUGAAGCCGUCAGAGCUCGGGCUUGUGCUUCUGUAG